AUGGGAGAAAAACAACAAUGGAUCAAUGAGCAUUUAAAAUGCUUAUUGGAUAUUUGUAUUGAAGAAGUAGAGAGUGUCGGUAGAAAAGGAUUGAGUUUGCAGAAAGACUCAUGGAUAAGGCUUGGAAGAGUUCUUAAGGAGAAAUUUGGGUUUGAGUUGAGUCAAAAACAAAUGAAAAACGCAUAUGACAAUCUGAAAGCCAAAUACACAGGAUGGGGGCAUCCGAAGACUGCUUCAUUGAGAACAAUUCCACUGCCUUUUCCAGAUCUUUGUGCACGUCUUUUUGAUGGAAAUAGUGCUACUCGUAAUUUUAGGAGUUACUCAACCCAAUCAUCAUCAAUAGCUGGAGCACCCUCUUGUCGUCUUCCACCACUUCAGAUUACUGCCACCCCUUUUCAUGCAAUAGAUGAUGAUGGUGAUGACACUUCCCACCAUGAGCCACCACCUUCUACUGCUUCACCUUCUGCUGCUUCACCAUCUGGUAACCCCAACAAAAGGGCUAAACCCUCAACUCCUAUACCUCUUAGGGCCUCACCGUCUACUUCUUUACCUGUUGGAACUUCUAUUAUUGGUGAGGAUUUAGCAUUAGAAAUGAAAAAAGCUCUACAAAGUUUGAAUAAAGGGUAUACAAUCCCUCAAUGUUUAGAGAAGUUAGAGGUUCAUAAUGGAUCACGAUCAAAAGUUACUUCUCGUAAUUUUUAUGUACCUGUACAUCUGUUUUUUUGGAAGAGGGAUGUGAAACGAUUGCGAGAUAAUGAUUCGAAAAUGACAAGACAUGAAUACACAAUGGAGUUGUUACAUCGUAAUCGUUUACAAUGUGUUGAAGUACUACGCAUGUCCCGUGACUCUUUUGUACGACUAUGUGCUCAUUUUAGAGCAAAUUACUCAUUAAAGGACAACAAACAUGUAUCGGUUGAGGAAAAGAUAGCCAUGUUUUUGAUGAUGAUUGGCCAUAAUCAAUGUUACGUAAUUAUCAAGCAGAGAUUUCAACACUCGAAGCAAACAAUUCAUAAAUUUUUGAGGCUACGAUGGGUUUUCAAAGGGGCGGUUGGUGCACUUGAUGGCACUUUGAUACAAGCUGUUGUCCCUGAUAAGAAACAAGACUUAUAUAGAAGUAGGGGAAAGGGAGACUGCUACCAAAACGUAUUGGCAAUUUGUGACUUUAAUAUGAUUUUCACAUUUGUUGUGGCCGGGUGGGAAGAGGUAGCGCAUGACUCUAGAAUAUUAUCAGAAGCAAUAACCGAUCCACAAUCAUCAUUCCCAUUUCCACCACCCUAUGAAGAAGACGAUCAAGCUGGAGAAGACGAUGAAGUCGGUGGAUGUGACCCAACUCAACGAGGAGAACGUCGUUGGAGCCGAAGUUGCCAAAUCCCUAAUUCUUCAGAUCUUGGUAGGUGGCGGCACUGUGAUUCGACGAAGAAGAUGAUUAAGCCGGAGAAGACGAAUGAGGGCUUUAGUUUUGAUGGUUUCCGGCGAGGAGGUGGUUUCCGGCGUAACUGUAGACCGAGAGAGAUAUAA